CGGAGUAGGGGCGGCUGAUGAGGAGAGACGGUCUCCCCGGGCUGCCAACGAGCCGUGGUGUUGACUCCAUGGCCCCCGAUGUCAGAAGCACAGCGACUCACUCGGGCUGGUCUUCUGUGGGUUGAAAUGUCUAUGAUUUUAUCUGCUUCAGUCAUUCGUGUCAGGGAUGGACUACCACUGUCUGCAUCUACUGAUUAUGAGCAGAGCACAGGAAUGCAGGAGUGCAGAAAGUACUUUAAAAUGCUCUCAAGGAAACUUGCUCAAUUUCCUGAUAGAUGUACACUGAAAACUGGACACUAUAACAUUAAUUUUAUUAGCUCUCUGGGAGUGAGCUACAUGAUGUUGUGCAGUGAAAGUUAUCCAAAUGUUCUCGCCUUCUCUUUCCUGGAUGAGCUUCAGAAGGAGUUCAUUACUACUUAUAACAUGAUGAAGACUAAUACUGCUGUCAGACCAUACUGUUUCAUUGAAUUUGAUAACUUCAUUCAGAGGACCAAGCAGCGAUAUAAUAAUCCCAGGUCUCUUUCAACAAAAAUAAAUCUGUCCGAUAUGCAGAUGGAAAUCAAGCUGAGGCCCCCUUAUCAAAUCCCAGUGUGUGAGCUGGGAUCAGCCAAUGGAGUCACAGCUGCAGUCUCUGUUGACUAUAAAGGUGCUGGCAAGAUUUCUUCUGCCCAUCAGCGACUAGAACCGGCAACUCUGUCAGGGAUUGUGGCGUUUAUCCUUAGUCUUUUAUGUGGAGCUCUGAAUUUAAUUCGAGGCUUUCAUGCCAUAGAAAGCCUCCUGCAGAGUGAUGGUGAGGAUCUUAAUUACAUUGUUGCGUUUUUCCUUGGAACAGCAGCCUGCCUUUACCAGUGUUAUUUACUUGUGUACUACACCACCUGGCGGAAUGUCAAAUCAUUUCUGACUUUUGGCUUAAUCUGUCUGUGCAACAUGUAUCUCUACGAACUGCGUAACCUCUGGCAGCUUUUCUUUCAUGUGACUGUGGGGGCAUUUGUUACACUGCAGAUCUGGCUGAGGCAAGCCCAAGGCAAGGCUCCUGACCAUGAUGUCUGACAUCUCAGACCUUCAGAUGAUUUGCCUUUGCCUUCCGGGGAAGAAGGAGAGGACAUAAAUUAGUGGCCACUGUGACGAAGAAACCAGUCACCACACAUGAGAAGCUCUGCUUUCUUUCUCUGCCCAUUUUUGUUUUACAAAUCAGCCUGGCAUGCCCGUGAGCGUGUGAGACCUGGUGAGAAAACUCCCAUAAGGAUCCUGCAGUGGAAUGUCAGGCCCAUCACAAUACAAGAAGUUCAGCAUCACCUGAAGACCUGGCAGUCAGCACUGAAUCCUCACUAGAGAGUUAAGUGAAGCUUAGUCAUGGGACGUGCACUGAGGACCAAGCAGAAGUGCUACAACCUGAGUUUGCCUUUGUGAGGCAUUAGUGUAGACCAUUGAAGGGGAUGCUGCAGGAACUGGAAAGCUCCGAUCUCAAACAGCCACUGUACUAAGUGUCAGAUUCUUUGCACAAUUAUAGUACCAAGAGUUUAUGAAGCCUAGAAUGGCAUGAAAUUGUUUUUUUUACUUUUCUGUUUCUGCCACCUUCUAACUCUGGAGAUCACCUGGUGUGGGAGUGGCCUGUGAUGCACAUCUCUACAAUGUCACAAGUCCUGACAACACAGUGAUGUGUGUUUUCUUUCUAGACCAUGUUUAUCAUUCUUUUGAAUCACUAAAAAUACACAAUUCAUUUGACUAUUUUGGUCUUCCAAACUCUUAUCAUUUGGGUACUAUGUAUGCUAUUAUUUGCUUAGUUUCUAACCUUUAAAAUCUUAAAGUAUUUAAUAAAGAAAGGAGCCCCUACUCCAAGUGGAAAAUCAGUAUCAGUUUGCCAGCACACAGUGAAAUGCUAAGUUCUUACAAGAUACUGAUACCUACCAGGGCUCUAGUCCUGAGUGGCACACUCAUUGUAAUAAUGAGGUGUUGCCUGGCACCAAAAUGAGAGCCCUGUGGAAUACUCCAAGGAUAAUGGGAAACUGCAAAGGCAAUGGCAUUUUCAUGGUGGCACAGCUCUGGUUAGUUAUGGUUUGCACCCAAAACCAUUUCAUUUGUUCCAGAGGUGCUGAGUGUGAGAAAUGGGAUUUCCCCUGACAAUUCCUGUUACUUCAUGGUUUGGGGAGCUAACUAGUAUCCAGAAGAAAUAACACUCUUAUACCUGUAGGAAGAUUAUUCAAGCCAUUUUGAAUUCAUAAUAUAGAAGCACAGCUUGAUUGUAUUUGCAAAAAUGUACAAGUCACCUGGUUUGUAUUCAUCAUGAAUGAUUUGCCUUUGUUUUUAAAGAAAAGAUUCCAAACAGAGAAUGCAUACAAUUCUAUAUUUUAUAUCAUCCCCCCCCCCAACAAUGGGACUUGGUAUGUAAUUCCUUCAGGGACUGUAAUUACUUGGUUGAAGGUGUCUAGAGGGUCAGGUCACUGAACUGCCUCAUCUGCCUAACCCAUUGUGUGGAUACUUGCAGAACUAGAAGAUCUUCAUAUGUGGAACCUUCACUGCCCCUCCAUCCUAUAAAAUAAGGUAGAAGGAAGGCAGUAAGUGGAUUUAUGAUGUCUAUGGUUUAUUUAAAACAAGAAACUCCAAAUCUGUCUAGGUUUCUGUUGUAACAAAGCUGCUGACAAAGUUGUCGUGUACCUUCUCAGAGAUGCCCCAAGGCAUCACAUGGGCCUAAGACAUCAGAGCCACAUGGACUAUGUUUGGCAUUUUAUACUUAUUGAGCCUUGUAAAUAAAGUGGUUCAACUUAGGAAGGCUUCCUAAACUAGUGAGUGGGUAGAGCAGAAGAUAUUUCUUAUAAUAGUUAGUCAACCAGGAAGCUCGAGCUGUCUGAUCAAUUGUGGCUUUACUAUGUCCUGGUAUUUGAUAGCUCUUACGAGUUUGGUUCAAAAGCUACCUCAACAUCACUAAGUUGUCUUGCAGUGUUUAGUGUUUGAAUCUGUUCAGCAGGGACACUUGAAAAAUCACGAGUUAUUUCUAAAAGCUUGUUUUUCUGACUGUGUUUUCACCAGCUGUUUUGGGUUAAGAGGGUGUUUACAUCUUUAAUGUAAAGAAUGAAACAGCUGUAAGUAAUCUUUUCUUAUACCACUGCCAUUUUCAUUAUUUGGAAUGUGCAUUCCUAAGAGGGUACAUGACUACCAUGAUGUUGUUCAAGAAUCUCUAGGCUUGUCAUGGGCCUAGAGAAUUUCUUCAGUGUCUAAGCUGUAGCACUGAUAGCAGCUUGUAUUUGAAGUGCACCUUUACUCCUAAGUGUUCCCUCCCUCAGGGUCCUUGUGAGGUCUGUGUGGCUGUGUUUGUGUUACGUGGAUGCAAUGGAGUAAUCAGAUCCCUGGCUUAUACGUCACAUAGCUAAGUACACGUGCGCUAAUCUCGCACCAAGCUCUUUGACUAGUGUGGGACUAAUGGCUCUGUUUGUGACGACAGUCUUCCCAGUGUGUGUUAAUGGACAUUUAUCUUAAUUUAACCAGUUUGAAAUGCUGCCUGUUGACUGCGCCAAGAACAGAUACUCUAUCAUAAUCUAAAAGUAUUUGCUUUAUUUGUCUGGGUUUGAAACUUACUCAUACUGAGUCUUUUCCCUGAAAGAACAACAUGCCAAGAAAAGCCACAAAAGACAGUGCUGACAAAAGCUGAACAGAAAGGGAGACAGACCAGAAGAGUGAAGGGCUAGACCUGCCACUGUGGCUCAGAGGGUGUGACUCGGUGUCCAGAAGCUGGGGUCAGAAGGGAGCAACUUAGACAGGGCUCUGUCCAAGAUAAAACACAUUCUAGAUAAGGCCUCCUGUACUGAUGAAUUUGGUAAAAAUGUUCUCUCUUGGGGUCCUGGGAAGUGCUAAAAUGAGGUGAACUCUUAAAUAGACAUUGUAUUUGCAUAUUGUGUAGAUUAUCUAUUUGUUGCAGGCUUCCAUUUCUAUGUGUGAGCAUGUGUGUGUGUUUGUGCAUAUGAGUGUGUACAGAUUUUAUUUUGUUGCCAUAAUUAAGAAUUCUUGCCCUGAACUAAGAACAAGUACCUGUUAAAGCUUGAAAAUCCAUCUGAGACAAAUGGAUCAUGGAGAACCUUUACCCAGUUUUGUAAUUUAUAAAGCAAAUGUGCUAUUCCAGUUUAACACAAUUCUUUCUGCUUUGUAGGGUUUUUUCACAGCAGACUCAAGUCUGGAAAAGUGCAUUUCGGUUAGACCAUGUCAGGAAUGUCUCUCAGCUAUGGCUUUGCCAAGGCUCCACUGAGGCCAGGACCUUGGCCUGAGACUUUGCCUCUGGUGCAGACCCAGGUUGACUCCUCUGUGCUCCUGUAGUAUGCUGACCUCCAAAUGAAUACUUAACUUGGCCUUUUUUCUCCAGAAGGCUUAACCUAAGGACACACUGCUGGAUUUCCAGGGGAGUAUGGUGGAGUGUGUGCUUAUCACUUGUUCUUUAACAAGCUAAAAUAACUUUGUUAGAGCUGCCAUGGAGUAUUUGGUUAAAGAACAAGUAACUGAUUUCAAAAGCAUCCACCACUUAGACCAAAGUGAACACUUAGCCUCACCACAGAUCACAGGUCAUUCUAUGUCAUGGUCAGGGUUUCUUAGUCUUUUUCUGCACUUCUUGAGGAAGUGGAAUCUUAGACACUGCAGUAAGUAGCACCUGUUCUGUUGUUUAAGUUGGAUUUGAUAAUAUCCUCACUAAGGAUCAGCAAGAGAACCCCCUGCAACUCUAAGGGUUCUGAGUGGGUUGGUGAGGACCAAGCAGGCAGGAGUGCAGCAAGUCUGUAACUGCCACUUGGUGAGAGGCACCACUUGGUGAGGCAUUUGUUCAUGUUCACUCUUGCUCUGGGGCUGCUGUCAGAUAGCAGCCUCCAGCUUAAGCACUGGCUGUUCCAAAGAAAAGCAGUCCCUGCCGCUGACUCUUAAGUCAUGUCCACAAACCUCUAGGCUUAUGGUUUCAUGAAUGGCUGAGCUUUUCAAAUAGAGUAUUAGGCAGGUGAAAUUCAGUAAAUGUUGACCCCUGUGUGCCUGGAAGCCAUAUGCAUCCUGCUUAUUAAUAGUGACUGGCAUUGACACAUGGGAGGACACCCAGUGUCCUGUGCUUUGGCAGUGCUGGUGUGUAAGCAGUUACCUCCGCACACCUGAGGGCUCUGAGAGAUUACAGGGAGGAGUUCCUGGAUCAGCACUGUAGCAUCACACCCUUCCCAGCGUUUCCUUGGCAACAAACAGUAUUUCCAGCCCAGCCUCACCCCCGGUUCACAUUUGCCCUUUUCUACUGUAUUCCACAGCACAGCCAUGCGGGCAUCAUCCAUGUUCAUGGGGCUCCGUCAGGCUCCAUCUGAGAUCAGGAGACAGUAGAGAGAACAGAUGGAGCAAACAAAGAAAACAGAAUUGUGUGUUCCACAACAUGACUCUGGGUGUAGCCGUGUUGCCCUUGCAGAAUCCUGAAGGCAUUCUUUCCUACAGAUGAACUGCCCAACCCCUAAAGAUGUCACACAGCUUUACCACAGUCAGUGUGAUCCUUGGGGUGGCACCAGGAUUGUAACCCAGAUUGACCUCACUAGGAACUCAUACUCUUAGCUACCAUAUAAUCUCAAACCACAUCACAUAGGUUCCUGUAUAACUACAUAUGUAUGCAGGUAAUAUGCUUUUUACAUACUGAACAAAGCCAUUGCCAAUUCCUGUGGUAAGGCAUCCCAAAAGGAAAAAAAUAGUUAGCUAAAAUCCCUGCACUUCUAAUCAUGACAGGACAGAUGCUCAAGGGCCUAGGAUUAAAGCACCUAGGUCAAGGUAUCCAGACAUUUAGUAUUUAUAAGUGUGGCUGGUGAGUCACAUGAUACAAACCUUAUUUUCCUAGGAUGUUGCCAGAAUACUCUGGUUCUUCUGCUUGGAGUAAUUUUGUGACCAUUCUGAUAUGAGUCUCUAGGUGUGAAUGCAGGAAACAGAGGGAAUAGCUUUCUACAGCUGAGGCUGUUUGGAUCCAGCCUCCCUGGUUCUCUCCUCCUUGUGCUGUGACCUUGCAUGUCUCUGACACCUUCCUGUCUUAGUUUCCUCCUGUGUAGUGAGAUUGUAAAAUGAAUAGAUGUAGGGAAAGCCCUGGGACCAGCACCAGGCAGAAAGCCAUGACCACAACACUCAAGAAUGUGGUAAAUCCUUGCACAAAACUCUUUAGAAGCCAUCCCCUAGGGGGAUUCUGUUGCAAUAUCUAGCAUGCAGUGAUACCCUGGGUAGACACUUAUGUGGACUUCUGGGCAGAGCACACAUCCAAAGAGAGAAAGGAAUUGAGUGACCCACACCUGCUGUAUGUCAGCUGCUCUGUUGAAGAAAUGAUCAUUACACACCUUAAUAUCCUGAAGAAGGGAUGCAGUGACAACCCUGAGAGGUAAGCUAUGCCUUUCAGUCCUCUCCCUCCCAGUCCCAAGGCACAGAUAUGCUGGGGAACUCUGCCCUAUCCAGUGUGGCACUGGAGUCUGGGCCUCAAUAGACUUUGCUUUGAAUAUACCUGUCUGUCUACCUGACAGUCUUGGAUGACACCUUCCCUGGUGUCCCUGUGAGUCCCUAUUGAUAGGGAGGUGAGAGGUAGGAGGUGGGCAGCCAGCAGCCUGCAACCUACAGUUCUGUCAGCUGAAAGGAAUUCUUGAAAAGCACAAAUAUAGCAUGGCUAUAAAAAGAUAAAGGUGCACUGCUCUGAAAACAGCCAGUAGGAAGUGCCACCAUGGUCAAGUGGGGAAGCAAACUUUGCAAAACUGGAAAACCAGGGAAAGUAAGGCUAAGGAGAGAUGCUGACAAGCCCGAGACUACAGCCAGCCAGGCCUGAACGGAAAGCUGGCCAGCAGAAAGUGAUGAGGCUCCCUGAGGGAUUCCAGUGAGUGCUUUCUUGGGAAGCAUGACAGGGUCCUGGGGACCAGUGUGCUGUCACUGUGAGCUGGGGUGGCUCUGCAGAGCUGAGGUGGAGGGCUGGGAAACGCCCUAUGUGGCCUAUGGGCUUCCGUUCUAAGCUCCACUGUCCUCCUCUCUCCCUUUUCUCUAGACCCACCCGCUCUGUGACCUCCCCAGCCUGUGGCUCAGAUCUUCAAGACAGAGCUCCCAGUGAUGCUGGCCUGCACGGCUGCUGCUGAGGACAAAGCCAGGGCCUUUCCUGACUUUUGUUUUGAGGUGGUGACACAAAAGCCAUGGUUUUUGGAGUUGCUGUUGCUGCUGCUGCCAUUCUCUAGCUCAGGAGCAGUUAGGCUUCUUGGUACCACUGCCCAGCAUUCCAUCUCCCAGUGUCCGUGCUUUCUGCCCAGGUGAGCGGGUUCAGCAUUGCUAUCCAGUGCUGGGGAGCUCAGGGUCUAUUGAUUACUUCUGAAGAAGCAUGCCUACUACCCAUAAUUCACCAUGUGAAAAACUUCAGCUUGGCCUCAGAGCUCUAUGCCUCUUGGGUGACAUUUGCUUUUGGAAGUUCAUAAAUACACUUGUGACUUUGAAAGUUUUGAAGUCGCUUGGCUUUGUUACAGACCUGAGCUUCAUCCUCUCCAAUACAGGAAGUCCUUGUGGCUCUCCAUCAAUUCCUUGCUAACUUCCUCUGUUACUUACCAUGUUAGCUGACAUCUGCCAAUUGCUACGCACAGGGAUGGGGUGCUUGAACCUGACCUGUAUACCAGUGGAAUGUUUUCUAGUAAGUUCUAUGAAUUAGCUUUCUAGGUGUGGAUAUCCUUGGGAAGAAAUGUAGAGCUGGACCUGUUCUUUGGGAUCUGCUCGGUGAGCAUGAUGGGUAUGCGAAGGACUUUGGAACUGUCCCCUUGUGUGAUCCUGUGGCCGUGUGUACAUGUGGUCUCAAGGGGUGCUCGAAGGCUCAGCCACAGCAGGGAGGAUUUCUUUAGGGGUUGAGGUUCCUACUCUGACCAAUAGUAGCCAUGAAGUGUUUUGUUUUGGAGACAGCAUUUCUCUAUAUAGUUCUGAGGCUUGCCCUGAACUCACAGAGCUCUGCCUGCCUCAGCCUCCCAAGUGCUAAGAUUAAAGGUGUGCAUGAUCACACCCCACCAAGUUCGAAUUUCCAUAUCAUUGAAUUCUCUUUCUAAUUUGUGUGCCCCAGCCUCUAUAACGAAUUUCUACCUCUAUAACUUAUAUCAUUCCUACGCAUAUCUGAAGCCCUGCUGAGGUCUAGGCCUGCCAUGCCUAGAAAUGUGGCCACUGCUUCCGUGAAGCCAGUAAACUUUCUCACAGGUCCCUUUAUGUUACCUGUGUCCAAUUUAAUUUGCCCGUACCUCUCUAGAGUUAUUUCUUGGACCUAGCUAACCCUGAAUUUGAUGGUACAGCAAAUAGAGUCUCCUGAGAAGGCGCCCUGUCUGGUCUCCAGCAACAGUACCAGUGCUUCCUCUGAACCUCCUGAUACUUAGGUGUGGUCCUAAGCCAACAGUUCAAGGUUUCUGCACCUCAGCUUCGUCCUCAGCGGAAUGUGAUGACCAGGAGGAGCUCUCAAGAUGGCAUUUGUACAGUGCCUAACCCAGUAUGGCACACAGCUGUCACCGUCCCUGCCCACUUCCUCAGGUCCUUCCAGUGGUCUGUCUAAGCUUUGUUUUCCUUCUGGCACAUCCUGUCCUGGACCCUUACCCAAAUGAAAAUCAGACCAGAAAACAGAACCAGUGAAAGUGUUUUUAAUAGUUAAAUUAUUUAAAUAGACUUUUCAAUUUCCAUGGGAAAUCAUAAUUGUAUCAUUUUUGCAAGAGCAGGAAUAAAAAGAGUGCACACACCCCUUAGAGGGAACGAAGAGCUAGCACUGCACGCUGUCACCAGUCACUGCUGGAGUGGGGAGGAGCCUCCACGGGAAAACACAGUAUAAACUCAGCACACACACUGUACUCUGGUUGGAAGCUAAACAAAAACCCACUGGCAUUGGCAGGACAUGUGGAGGGCCAGGGACUUGAGAACAGUGCGAGGGAAGCAGCCCCUGUCCCAGAGGCGAGGGCAGUGCAGAACUCGAGUGGAAUGGCAGAGCACAGAACAGCUGCAGGGGCGGCAGCUCGGGGUCCAUACUUUAUUUCUCAGGGCUGGAGGAUGGUGAAGGACAUCAAAGUAACAUUGAGCUGGCACUUGACUGCCACCUCACCUUACUCUCCUGUCAGAGGGGAGAAUAAUUGCACCCUGAGAAGCAAUGAGAAGAUCUGGGCACGGACAGGACGGGUGCUGUUCAAGUUUAUCUGUGAUAGAAUGUCGGUUUUCAAAGGUGCUCUUGGAAACUACAAAAACAGUGUUUUCUCCUCAGGACAUUUAACCGUCCCCUCCCACUAAAACCAGAGAAAAUUUCCCUGUGUCUGGGGGUGGAAGGCAAGACUACACCAUUUCCCUAAACCAGGACCUAUAUAUAGAUUGCAUCCCCAGGUCAUAGGGACCCUUUCCAAGACAGCCCCCUGCACCUGGGCCAGCUGAGGAGGCUGUAAAGGCUGGGCUUCCUCCAGCCCUGGCCACUGUUGAGCUCCUAGGUAGCCCCUUUGUGAGGGGAGGGACCCAUGCAACAGCUCUGGGAUGGAGCAGAAGAGCAGUACUAGUAAGUGGAGAAUGCUUGGACACCGCCUGGACCGGAGCAGUGCCUGUGUCUUCUUCUGAUGGCAUUUGUUUACUUGGGAAAUGGGAUGUAAGGUGGGAUUAGAAAGAGGGACUAGUGUGGUACCCCAAAACAACACACACCCCUGCUCUGGCUGUGCCUAGAAAAAACAAAGCCUGCCAAGUCUGCGAUGAGGGGAACACACCCUUCAGGGAUUGGCUCCACAGUAUGAACACACACGUACACCAGUGCACACGCUGACAGACAGACGUACAGUACAGAGGAGCAGAAAUGCCCUGCUGGGCACAGCUGUUUCCUAAUAGAGUGUACAAAAUAUAGAAUUUGGUAUAUUUGUUAGAUCUCCAAGGUUUCAAUAAUACAAAAUAAAAAAUACAAAAAGACAAGUUGGGGUUCCCACCUCCCUACCCCAGGGGCCUCCUCGUUUGCUUGUGUGUCUCUUACACACAUACAACUAGCAUGUCUAAAGAAUGGCAGAGAAAACUUGUUCUGUUUUAUUUAAUAAAUAUUUUCUUUUGCUCAGA